CUAAACUCCCAACGUUAUUUACUUUUCCAGUCGUCACUUCUUCUCCGUUCUCUCACUCUCUUAUCAAUGUAGUCGCUCUUAAAUUUUAAUUACUUGCAAAAAAAAAGACGAUACGCAAUAUUAACUAGUCUUAGUUCAGUGUAGGUAGUUGAUAGACGAUAGAUGAACAGUUUCUCCGGUGUAAGUUAUCAAGUCAAGUUUAAAGUGCCGUGGUGAUACAAAUAGUGACAAGAUGGAUAACGCUUUAAAAAAUAACAAUCGUGCCGGAGGAGAACUGAAGUGCAGUUUGUGUGAUAGAAAGUACAAAUCGGUAGGGACAUUAAAGGUUCAUAUGAGAAGAAGUCAUGAGAAUCGUGGAAAGUUUGUGUGCAAUAUGUGCAAUAAUAAGUUCGACUCUAAAUUCGUAUUAACGCAGCAUAUGAAAACAAACAAAUGUGUCAGUAGUCAGCAAGAAAAUUCAAAAGCUAAACGAAAAAUUAAAUGUAAGUUCUGUACUGCGACUUUUGAAAAACAGAAUGCUCUAACUCUUCAUUUGCGACGUGAACAUUACGACGCCGUAUAUAAAAUCAAAUGUCCUGAAUGUGACAAAAAAUUCCCGAAUCAUGCUGGUUUAACAACACAUAAAAAUAACUAUCAUAGUGGGAGGGAAAAUUUACAUUGCCCAUACUGUCCAUUUGAAAGUUUAAUCAAAUCCAACCUUAAAAGACAUGUUGACGAAACACAUUCAGAGGAUACAACCAAAAAAGCGGAAGUGAAGACGGCGCAACUUUCACCUGCAGAGAUAAGUCUCGAAAACUACCGUCGGUAUAAAGCAAAUCCGGGUGACAAAGUUGUGCCAAGCGUCAUAAUAAAAAGUGAAUACUAUCUGAAGUUGACGAAACAACAGUUUCAAAAACUUGAACCUGAUCGACUUAAGACGCCAGUCGUUUUCGAUGAAGUGAAUGGACCACGUCAUAAGGCUGGGUGGGGCUACAAGUCUGAGGAUAAGACCUCAGAUAUUUCAUACGUUCCACUUACAGAAACUGAACAGGUGACUUCUAAGAAGAUUUUUGGAUACAUAUGGCGAGACGGGGUGACUUUCGAAAUCGUGGAAGUGUAUUUUGGGCUGAAUGAGGAGGAUUCCAAAAUAGCAACAAAAAACAAAUGGAAAAUUCUUGUCCGCUACAAGAAUAAGGGCUGUACAGAUAGAAUUCUAUUCAAGAAGGGGUAUUUCUUCGACUCAGAGGAGGCGUUUGAGGUGCCAGGAAUGGUGGCAACAUCAAAGUGGGCUGCAGGACAGCUCAAAUCCUUUACGCGCAACGAAACUGGAUCUAUCUGUUCCAUCAAACCUAAGGAAUGUUACGUGUGGCUCUCGAAGUAUUUGGAACAACUCCGAGCCGCCUUACGGUCAGUUAAUGACCAUUGGCUUGGACCAGUCGUAACUUUUCAGUUAGACGACAAGGAGGAGCUGAUUUUGGCGAGACGAGAUUUGGAGAAAGUUAGGGGCGAGAUGUGUGAAAUGGACAUUGGGUUUACUGAUAAGCUUUCAAUCCUUACGGCGGAGAACUCUAACCUGACGGUGGAGAACUCUAACCUGACGGAGGAGAACUGCAAAUUACAACUGCGUUUGAAAUCGUGGAAGAAGAAGCAACAAGACGCAAAAAAUGCGAACCGAUUACUUCUGGUGCAGAGAGGACGACAAAGUUCAAAUGAAGACGUUCCGUGCUUUUUUCCUGUGACGUUUAAGAUGGAGGAAGACGGAAACUUGGAUCAAGGAACUGAGCCCAACUUCGACAUAUUCAGGAAGGAAUCAGUGCAAGAUGAAGAGUCAAGUAGUGAUGAUGACGACGACGGCGUCGAGUAUAACAGAGUCCCUACAGUGUCGGAUCUCAUCAAGGUUGUCACGAAAGUGCUUGACCGUUCUGAAUCGUCAACCGAAACUAAUCCUAAUGGCGCUAAUCCAAAUCAAGAGACUGACCCGUGUGAUGAAAAGACUGAACGUAACCGGAAAGUGUUCGUCGUAAAACUAUGUGAUUAAUUGUUUGUCAUUCUUAUGUACGAUAUUUAAUAGCUCACAUAUUAUUAUUAAAUUAAUUUCUUCGGUGCUAUUAUUAUCUAACUAUUAAAAAUUUACGAACUUGUUGUCAUGAAUAAAAGCAAAAGCGCUAACCGAACAAUAUCAUGAGCUAUAA